UUCUCCUCUCCGCCGCUGUGUUUGCACUUUAAUUUUGUAAAAAAAUAUUAUUAUUUGUUAUGAACGGUAUGUUUUAUGUGAUAUUAGGGCACUAAAAAUAUCGGUUGUAUCCUUUUAUUUCAUAUAAUCUCGAUAUUAUUAGUUUUAUCAUCGAAUUAUAUCCAAGACAUCAAUACUGCUUAUGAUUGUAAAUCACUUCGCUGCAUGUUUUUUUAUGAUAUUUUUGUUAUAUUAAUCUCAGGUUAUUAUCGACCUGUCAAGUAGACAUUUUUUCGUCAAGCUGUCUCCGCAAAUUCGCAAAAUAGGAGACGAAAAUCCUUUCAAGUUCUCUAGUUUUAUAACGAAUCUGCCACCUAUAGGUGGUAGAACAAUGCCGCGGUGCAGCAAGCGUACGCGCAGCGGCGCUCCUGCUGCAGAUCUAUUACCUGGCACUACCUCCCUUGAAGAUCACCAUCACCACAAACGUUCCAGAAAUACUAGUUCCAGAAGACAUUCCAAAUCAGAAGACACAAGUUUCAGUGUAAAAAAAUGCUUAACUUGGUUUAAAGAAUACACAACAGUUUCAGAACCAGAUGUUUUAGGACCAGAAGGCAUGGAAAAAUUUUGUGAAGAUCUGGGUGUUGAUCCAGAGAAUGUUGUGAUGCUAGUCAUUGCAUAUAAAAUGGGUGCCAAACAAAUGGGUUAUUUCACACAGGAGGAAUGGAUAAAAGGUUUAACAGAACUUCAAUGCGAUAAUGUGCACAAACUACAAAACAAAUUAGAAUAUUUACGCAAUUUACUCAAUGACCCCUACAUAUUUAAGGCAGUAUAUAGAUAUUCAUAUGAUUUCGCAAGAGACAAGGACCAGCGCUCGUUGGACACGAGCACGGCGCGCGCGCUGCUGGGCGUGCUGCUGCCGCGCUGGGCGCUGCGGGCGGCGCUGGGCGACUUCCUGGCGCGCGAGCGUCGCUACCGCGUCGUCAACCGCGACCAGUGGUGCAACAUCCUUGAGUUCAGCCGCACCGUCGACGCGCAGCUCACCACCUACGACGCGGACGGAGCAUGGCCAGUAAUGCUAGACGAAUUUGUAGAAUGGCUUCGAGCUGAGCGAGGCGGGGAGUCCUCAAUGCUGGCCAGCUGAGACUGUCCACCUGUCAAAGGCAAUGUCACACAUUUAUUAAAUAUGUGGUUAAAAGGUCAUAGAUGAACUGGGGAUUACCUAAUCAAAAUCAACUAACAUUCUCCAAGAAAAUGUCAAAUUUCGAAGAUCAUAAUGUAAUUUAUUUCAAAUCAUAAAUAGAACAUGUGCUGCGUUUACCAAUUGCCAUUCAAAUAUCCCUUUUAAAGAUAAUAGACAAAUAAAAAAUAUCAUUUUGGGCUCCAUCAUACAUUUAACAUGAAACUCAUCAUUUAACACAGUCAUAGUGUAGAGAUAAGGAGAAUUUUCUUUGUGUAAGAAGUUUCCAUCGAAGUGUAUGAAAUUCAGUGGCACUGACCGAGUUAGAGGGUGAAAUUUAAGGUAACGCGCAAAUAUGUUAUAUGAAACCCGAUUUGCAUACAUUUCGGUGGUAAUUUUUUUUUUUUUUGGAAAGAUAUAAAUUACACUUCUUACCUCUACACUGAGUCAGUGAGAAAGUAACUUCUGAAUAUGUUUUUUUGUUAUAAAUCAUCGAUGUUUCUUGUGUCAGCUUUAAUUGACAAAUGUAAGUGGUUACAAAUCCAAUGUGAUAAAUAUAUUCACACAAUUUGUCAUCAGCCUCAAAAGGGUCGGUCUGCCGACGGCUCGACCGGCGACGUGGCCACGUUACACUUUAAUUGUAAGUCCUCAUGUAUAUUAUUAAUGUUACGAUUCAUUUUAUUUGUAUUUAUGUAUAUUAUGAUUUCAGCGUUAAUUCACGCUUCAUAAAUUCUGGAUCUAAUGAAUUACACGUGAGCUUGUGUGAAUAAAAGUUUUGACAUGUGCAUAUAUGUUUUGUUAUAAUUUUUGCAAUUUUCUUUAGUAAACCAUUGUGUAAAAUUUGUUGUUAUAAACAUUAAUAUGUGUAAUGUGUAUAGUUGCAUGUAAUAUGCUAUGUCGGUUUAAAAAAUCUUUUAAUUGUUAUCAACGAUAAUAGCAGAAAGUUGAUGUGAUUUUGUAGUGUAAUUUGUCUGAUUCAGAGAUAAUUUGCUUAAUACACACCAUUGUAUUCCAAUAUUUUAUUGUGUCGCUAUCAUUUAAAUUGUAUGCAAUCUCAAAUACUCUGAAAUAUAUUUCAUAUCUGUUGAGAAAAUAUUUGUAUAAGAUAAUUUAUUUAAUUUUUUUUUCUCCCACCGAAUCAGUUAUGUUAUUUCAAUAAAAAAAUAGUACAAGCAUUAAUGAGUAUAAUUUUUAAGUGGCAAGCGUAGACUCUGUUAUUUAAAAACCGAUUUACUAAUUUUAGGCUGUUUUAAAAAAUAUAUGCUAUUGAUUUCAAAGACUUUGAUACAGAUGAACAAAAUUGCAAAUUUAUGAGAAAAAUAUAAUUAAUUAAUUAACAUUUUCAUAAUUUUAUUGUGUCAAAAUAUUAUAGUAAUAGUACUAUGACAACCUGAACAAAUAUGUUAACAUCAAUUGUAGGCCAAAUAUGCAGUAGAAAAAGGGGUUGUAGUACUUAAUAUACAGAAAUAAAUCAAAUUAUUAAUAUGUGUGGUCCUGCCCUUAUAUGUAUAACCUUCAAAAUUAGACUAAACAUUUAAAAUAUAUAUAUUUGUCACCAUAUUUAUAUUCUAUUUUAACUGAUGCUAGUUUUUAAUUUUCUGCAAUAUCAUUCUCAAAUUAUUGAAUCUAUCGAAUUAAACAAUUACAGAUAUACUUUGAGAAGAUCAGAGAUAUAUUAACAGCUAUGAAUUCUAACUUAUGAAGGAAGAAUGAUGGGACAUUGAUAAUUUUGCAUUAUGCCAAGUCUCGACGCGCACUGGUCAACAUAAGUGCCGGAUUAUAUUACAUAUUUUGACAACUUGCUUUGUAAAUACCCACCAUACACGCCUUAAUAUUUUUAUAAUGAAAUAACAAAUAUUAAUAUUCUGAAUGUGUAAUAAUAAUAGUUUUUAUAUAUACAAAGCAAUAAUAAAUUCUCACCUCAUUCCACUUAUAAUAUAGUAAAGGAUAAAUGUUACAAGUCAAGUUGUCAAAGAUUAAAUGCCAGUAUAAUCAAAAUAUUAAUUGUAGGUAAUCGAUAUGUGAUCGAUAUGAACUCGACUGAAAGCUUUCUAUUUUAAGUGUCGCUUACUUCGGAGACUAAUUUGCAUUUUUGUAUUUCGUCUAGUUCGAAAGCCUGUUUUAUGAGCGACAGUUGAAUUUAUCUGUAAAAAAAUAUUUUUGGCGCCAUUCUUAAAAGGCGUUCAACUACGGUACUGUAAUUUCAACGUUAAAUUAAUUAUAGAAAAUUGUACUCAUUAUAGUGUUUAACAAAUUUAAGCGAUAUAACAGGCUUCUGAACUAUUCAAAGAUAAAACAAUGCUCUAAAUCAAGUUCCGAUGGACUAGAACAUCUAGUCUAAUACCAUAGGUUUAGGUGUAGAUAUGGUUUUUUUAUAAGACAUGUAGGUAGUAUUUUUCAAAUUCUUUAUGAUUGUAACGAAUACGGUGUUUCUGUAAGAAAGCGGUGUAUACAAAAAUUAUCUCAAACGUUUAGGCCCCUUGUACCGAAUGUCAUUGCAAGAGAAAUAAAUAAUUCAAAAAUU